AUGAAGCUCUUGAAAGCUUUGUUUCUUGGAUUAGCCUGCCUCACUGGUGCCUCGGCUAUCAAGGUUGGUGAUAAGGUUCCCAAGAAUGUGGACCUUCACUUCGGGUUCCCUCCCGAGAAGAUUAACUUUGACGAGCGUGUACCUGGUUACCUGGCAAAAGAGGACGCAUUGAAAAAGCUUGGAGUUGACGAAAUUAUUAUCUAUUGCGUCAACGAUGGAGCUGUGAUGGAUGCUUGGGCUUCAGACCAAGGAGUUGCCAAGACUUCUAUCAUUAAGCUCAUGGGUGAUCCAUAUGGCGAGCUUACCGAAAAGCUUGAUAUGGAAUUGACUCAUGCUGGUCCAAAGUCAGUGGGACUUAUCAAUCGUUGCAAGCGAUUCGCCUUGUUCAUUGAGGAUGGAAAGGUCAAGAUUGUCAAGGUUGCCGAAGCUGAAGAUGAUCCAGCGGGUGAUGAACGCCCUGAUGUCACUCUCGCCGAAAGCAUGAUUGAUGCCAUCUCCGCGCUUGGAAAGGAUGAACUCUAA